AUGUUUGAGGACGUUCAACGUUCCUUUGAAGUGGGACAGGAAUCCACUCCUACCGCUGGUAGAGAAGCCGAAUGCAACGACACUAAUAUACGACAGGAUGUGGAAUGUCCACACAAGAACAAGAAGGGAAUAUUUAAAGUUGCAAAUUUGCGAAAAAAAGUGAAAAAUUUCAAGAAGAAAGUGGGAAUUAAUUAUUGCGAAGACUGCGCAAGACUUAAUCCACCCGAACAGCGGCCAUCGGUGUGGAUAUGCGUCACUUGCAGCUACUCCGGGUGCGAUGAGAAAAAUCACACUUUAGAUCACUUCAGAGCACUGCGUACUGGCACGGAGCACCCACUUUUUUUUGCCGUGGAAGGCAAACAAUUCCGGUGCUUCAGCUGCGAAAAAAGAAUUGAUGUUGCUGAAGAAGAAAGUGGUUCAAUAAAAGCUUUUCUUAAUGAUUAUAACUCUUUCAUAAAACCAAAGCUGAAGAUUAAUCCAUUAGAAUCUCAGUCAAUGAAAAGUGGUGGCACAAAAAGAAAUUCUUCACUCACUGGGGAAAUUGAUUCGAAAAAGAAUGAAAAUAGUAACGAAAAGUGUUUAACAGAAAGUAAAAUGAAAAAUAAUGAAAGGAAAACAUUGCUUCCAGUGAAGGGCCUCGCUAAUCUUGGGAACACCUGCUUUUUUAAUUCAAUAACUCAGUGCCUUCUUCACACUCACACUCUUGCUGUGUACAUCAAUUUGAUUGGUAGAGAAGACAACAUCGAACUCAUGCAGAACAAAGUUUUGAUUGGUGACAAACUAGUCCAGGUGCCGCACGUAUAUUUGUCUUUGGCUUCAUUUGAUGGGCCAUUAAAUAAUAUUUUCGCAAAUUUCAUACGCGAUUUCAAAGCUGGGUUGGCUAUUCAUCCGUCUUCUUUAUUCAGUGAAAUAGCCAGGAAAGCACCACGUUUUCGAGGAUGGGCACAGCAGGAUGCUCAUGAAUUAUUACGGUAUUUAAUGGAUGGUCUCAGAACGGAGGAAAUUAACCGAUAUAAGGAGUCUAUUUCUCGAUAUAUCAAAACAGCCAGAAAUGGAAAUCCCAAAUUGACGGAUGGCGAACUCUCUUUAUUGGCUAAGGGCAUGCUCAAAGCAUGUGGAAGGCCACUUAUUGAUGCUGUUUUUGGUGGCACACUUUUACAGACAGUGAAAUGUUCAGAUUGUGGUCAUCUUUCGAAAACUUACGAAGAUUUUUUGGAUCUUUCUCUCCCACUUCCAUCAACAUCAGCCAAAACAUUAUUUAAUGGAACCUAUAAAAUGCACAAAUCGGCUUCAAUGAGCUUAAGUAAAUAUCAGAAAAAAAAGAAAAAAAGAACGCACGCAAAGGAUGGGCAACGGCUCUAUCUUAAUAAUGAUGUUAGCGAUGAAGAAGUUCCUGAUGACGAUGACGUUGAUCCAAAAAAUAUCAACGGUGAUAUCUGUAAUGAAAUGAAUAAAAUGAACAUGAAUACUGAGCUAGAAGAUUGCCUGCAGUUGUUGGAUGAUGGCGAAGCUGUAGAGGACGAACCACGUUCAUUAGCAUCGUGUCUUCGAGCUUUUGCAACAACAGAAAUUCUCUCGGCACCGAAUACUUAUGAAUGUGAAAAGUGCUGUGUUCCUUACAACAAACAGCUUCGGAAUGGAAUGAAGAAAAGGACGGUUGAAGCUGAGAAGCGUUAUUUAAUUUAUGAGCCACCUCCUGUUUUAACAUUGCAUCUCAAACGGUUUGAACAGACACAUUCGGUGAGUGGUCGAGUGAUCACGCGCAAGGUUCCUGGGCAAAUUUCUUUUCCAAAAAUUCUUAAUAUUGCACCUUUUUGCACGCAAAUAGCUAAGAGAAUUGAAAAAGGAUUAAAACAAGUAUGUUAUUCAUUAUACGGUGUUGUAUCACAUUCUGGAGAUCUCUCGUCGGGUCAUUAUGUCGCGUUUAUCAAGAAUCGAUAUCCCUCAUCGCAAACCGAGAAGUUUUUCUACGAAGCCGCAAAUCUUUCUCCACCAGAUUCAAUCACUAGUUGUAGUCCUUCGGAACUGAAAGAGAUAAUAGAAGAGCCAUGCGAUGGCGAGUGGUACUAUGCAAGCGAUAUGAGAGUAAGUUCUGUAUCGGAAUCACGCGUGCUUGGUGCCGAAGCAUAUGUCCUUUUCUACGAGCGAAUCUUUUAA